AAAUUGUCCAAGAAGUUUUUGGCUCUUUACCAGAAAAAACAAUGGAGUUUGAAGUUUUUGAUAUAUCUAAUAUUGCCACCCCUAACAAAUUUUCACCAGUUAAUUCGCCUUCGAAUAACAACAACAAUAAUAACACGAAAGUUGACGAUAUUCCUGAAAGCUCUUCUUUAACUAAAGAUAGUUCAAAACUUUUGGACCCUGAUGAAUAUCUCGAAGAUAAUGAUAUGGAAGAAGACCUAAAAGAUUUCACAGUUGUUACCAAAGCUAUCCCUUUGCAGUUGCUAGUCAUAUUAAGAGUUUCAGUUUGUCACGUCAAUUUGAUGCAUUCUGUAAUUGUCUAUUUUACGACGUCAGACGUGGCUACCACAGCCUUACCCAUGACUAUUCCUGAUCUUAAGAUCGACACUUUCUGUGAUUUCUCCCAAUACAAAGCUGAUAUGCAAUUUAAAGAAAGAACUAUUCAUGUCACCGAUAUUCCUCUACAGAUAAAGCCUGCCAAUAUCAAACAAGUUUUUGCCAAAUAUGGAACUGUUACUGACUUUAAAAUGAUAGUAAGAG